AUGCCUACAUCUUACAACACUGUUAUAUCAGUCACCAAUAACCUCAAGACCGACCUUCGUGACGGCCGACUCGCCAUUUCGAAGGGCUCAACAUCUCAAAAUAUCCCAACGCUAAUUGCCGGUGGAAAUACACGGGAAAUCGUCGUAGAGGGAACUGAUAUAGAAAAUGAAAUCCAUGGCUCAGAAGGAACCCUAAGUUAUCUCGCUCAAGCCGGCGACGCUGAUGAGCGCAUUGCUUUUAACUUCAAAUGCAACAAUAGCGAAGACAACCGUGUGGAAAUGGAUUGUAAAAAGGACGAUUAUUUUAAUGUCAGGAUAGAUCCAUUUGCGCCGAAUGACCGCCCGUUGCAUGCAUCCUAUACUAUAUCCAAACCAGGUUUUGUAGAGGAUGCUGUAAAGCCGAGAGGAUUCGAUUAUAGCGAUUGA